CCGUAGGGCUUGCCCCACCCCACCGCGGACGCAUCGUAAGGGUCCCCCGCCCGGAAAGAACGCGUCGCAAUGAGGACUGACUGAUGCUGAAAACGUUGCGCUUAUGAAGUGCACGGAAGUUCUACAACAGUUUUACAAGCACUUCAGUCGGCGGUGACCUUGGCUUGAAGCGUGGGGUUGAGAGCUUCGGUGCAGCGCUCAACAUUACGGAGCUGAAGGUGUUUCAGCGUGACGCCGCUGAGCAAACUUCAAACGCAGAAGAAGACUAAAGAAGCCCCAAGUAACAGGGAUGGUUGCCUUGUUCCCUAGCGACGCCAUUUGUUUCCGGCUUGAGUCAUGCGAUACAAAGGCAGUGUCUUCUUGCAAAAGCCGUUGGAGAAAGGGCUGCCCAAGGUUUCAGUCUUACCACAUUAUACGAUGACAUUGCUCUCGUGGAUGUCGUGGUUCGUCUCGGCCCACAUGGUGGCAGGGCUCUUCACGCUCAAGUCAUCAAGCAUGCAGAUGCCAUGCAACGAGAGUUUUUCACUGACGAUGUCCGAGUGGACGCACCAGGACCUACCAGAAGCCGUGCCUCGAACGCUCACCAACUGCCCUGAGCAAUUUCACGGCUGCUCGCAAGAGCUGAUCGGCUGCAGCGCGAACACGUACGUGGUGACGUGCUCCUGCGCACCCAACUGCAGAGCCUACGGUGACUGUUGCUGGAACGUCGCGUUUCCCACAACUCCCGUAGCACAGAUGUCCAGGGCAUCCUGCGUCGAAGUACAAGUCUCACCGACGACGAAAAUUCACGUCAACAUGGUCACUGGUUGCUCCGCAACCUGGCCUAACGACGACGUGCGAGAUGCGUGUGAAAGACCGGAGUCCUUUACGGAUAUUUUUUACGUCAUUCCGGCCACAAGCGUUACUGGUGUCACAUACCGGAAUGGUUUCUGUGCCAAGUGUAACAAGGACAUCGCGAAUGCAAUCUUCUGGAGCGCAGUGGAGCACAGACUAGAACGCGGCGUCCACAUGCUGCCCCCAAGAGUCGCCCAAAGUGAUGCAUCACUUCACCUGAGGCCCUGUAAUCAAGGCGUGACUGUCAACACUUGCUCGGAGAACGUUUCCGAGGUCGUGUCCCGAAAAUGCCAGAUGUACUACGCACCAGUCCGGGACGCUAACAUUCCAGGCUCACCGGCGUUCAGGAACGUCUACUGUGCCGUGUGUAACGGUGUAAACACGUCGCGCUUGUCUUGCAGUCCGACCACCCAUCGCCCUGUGGCGCUACGCCCAGGCGUACAGACAUCUCAGCUAAGCGGCUUGUUAAAACCGGUGAUGAGGACACCUGCAUGUUACGCCCUUCACGAUGGCCGCUGCUACAUCCGGCGCUCUCGGUUCGUCUCGAAAAGACAUCAUAGCUCCGGGGUGCAACAAGACAUUGCAGAAGGCGGGGAAGGUUCUACGGAACUAGAAUUUCCAGGCAGAUACACGUCGGAGUGGCCAAACAAAUACGGUGUGCAGCACUACAUCGCGUUUGUCUGCACAUCUCUCUCGAUAUCUUUCAUCAUACUGAAGCUCGUUGUGUUCUGUGCUUACAAGGAGGCCCGCAGCUCUUCGUCCUCUUGCACGAUGUGCCUGGCAGUGACGCUGCUAGUCGCUCAAAUGCUCUUCCUCUUCACAAAGUGCGUGGAACUUGAGGAAUCCGUUUGCUUCGCCGGCGCGGUGUUUGCCCAUUACAGCUUCCUCAGUACAUUCUUGUGGACGUGCGUGCUGUCCUUUGACAUCUGGAAAAGCCUGACCACCGUCCAGGUGUCCUCGACCAGUAGGAACACACUGGCCUUGUACUCUCUUCUUUCCUGGGGCGCGCCCUUACUGGUGGUCAGCGCCGCUUUGACCGUGGAUCAGACGGCUCCUCAAUCGGUGCUAUCUCCCAGCUACGGCGACCCUGUAUGCUUCAUCGGCUCCUUCUGGGGCCUUGUGGUCUACUUCUUACUGCCCAUGGCGUCGCUAGUGCUGUUCUGCCUGAUUCUAUACUUGCACACUGUGCACUACAUUCGCACGACGUCUUCUGCAGCCGAGGGCGCGGACCCCAACUCAAAGACCCGAAGCGGUGACAGUGUGAAGCGCGGUCAAGAACGAACCAAUCUUGCACUUUUCGUUCGCCUGGCCAUCAUCAUGGGCGCGCCCUGGGCCGUCGCCCUUGCCGGUUCUUUCGUCCACAGCACAAUCAUCGAAUCCAUCGUGAACGUUUUGGUUGGUUCCCAAGGGGUCUACCUGUUCUUCGUCUUCAAGGACUACCGCUACAUUUGGUGGUCUCUUCGUAAGCUAAUAGCGAAGACAGAUCCCAGCACCAGUUCUUGAAUGUUCGCUUCACACGCUGUCCAGUCAGAGGGAUUUACCACAAAAUAAUAGCAUAUUUGAAAGCCUUAAACGGUAUAUAAUAGAGCUAAGAAAGAGCUAACAGCAAUCUAUACGAAGAUAGAAAGAUACAUGUAUUUUUUUUUUGCCCUGUGAAACGUGCACCAUCAAACGUUUCACCCACACUAAGCAUUGAUCAAGCUUCAGUACACCGCGUGAGAGGCGAGCUUUUCACCGUGAAGCUAGUGUUCAAAAUCUUCGUUCACCAUAUUUAUGUGGCUAGCUGCGGCAUCACUUCCGAAACCGCUAAGUGCGUGUUUCUCCAGAACAGUGCUCUCAAAGUUACAUUGCCGCUUUAACUUGCGAGGUUCGACGUCCUCGCUGGAUCUCGCAGCUACGGUAGACAUCGCGAGGCCGGGAAAUUAUGAACUCGCAGCAUGACGCCACAGCCGUGGCUUUAGAGACGUUUUUUUUAUAUAAACUAAAGAAUCAAAAACGAGAAAAGAAAAAUGUUGAAGUAUGACGCAGGAAAAAAAUAAAUUGAGAUUACCAAGUUCUUGUGGUCAUCGCCGUGGUCUGCUGAAAAGCCGCACUGGUGGCGCACGCAGGCACCAGCGCCAGAUUCCCCCUCUGGUGGCCGUAGUCUGAAGCUGAAUUUGUGACGUCGAGUCGAGCACCGUUGGGCUUAACCGUGCCACUUCCUCCUACUCUGCUCCUCCUUCUUUAGUGUUCGCACACGUUGAUGUGUCGAUGUUGCAUUUACUCACGAAGGGAAACGCUCGAGUGUAUUUGCUACCGGCGGCGCAAACGAAUACUUGCCAGCAACAACUUCAACCUGCACCUGCGUUAUGACAUUGGAGCACAAUUAAACAUGCGUGCUUAGAUGGUACAACAAGGCAAAAUGUUUCACGCAAGGAAAGCUGGAAAAAGAAUCACGUCGCAUAAAGAAAUAGCACUUCGCGGAGGACAAGACUAUAGAUCUCCAGCCAUUGGCUUGUUAUAGUUAUGUUGAUACCCGAAAAAGGCACUUGUUUCUAAGAUGCUUCCCAAAACAUCUUCGUGUCUCAUUGUCUUGGGCAAAACAAUCCUAAACGUCGCCAUCCUGAUCAUAAUUUUAUUAACCACGGCAUGCUUGAUGUGAGCCGCUUUUCAUUUCAUUAAAACAAACCGCUUUGUU